UCGUAUCUCUACUACGACGUGUACGGCGCGUCGCAGCAAGUAGUGUUCGUUUGGGGCUGUCUGUUCGGCCGCUACGCGCACCAGUUGCUACCAGCGACGUACUGCGACGUGUUGCACCGCUCUGCGAUACAUCUUGGGAGCUGGCGCCUUCACAGUACUAGUAUAGAACCUAACGUGGGCCUGUGGAUAUGCAGCGUGCUGUGGUCGCAGGGCGCACUGGCCUCAUUCCAGGGCCGCACGUACGCCGCCGCCGCGCCCACGGUCGCUGCGCAGCCCAAUAACAGCGGACACGCGCGGUUCUACUCUGUGUUCAUAAACCCGUCUACGCUGCUGUGCCUGCUACUAGUCCUACAGCUGGCCUUCAUCGUGCUGGAACUAUGCCUGCUAUUCAGUUCGCUGGCCUGGCACAACUUCAUGUCGAUCCUCAUACUGCUCUUCAUCAACUACUACACACUAUUCAAGAUGAUGCGCGACUAUCUCGUCGCGUGGAAAGUUUAUAAGGCGGAACAUAUGAUACAAGACAAAAACGCAUCGCAUUCCAACUGAGCGCAUCGAACAAAAUUACGGGCUUAGAUUUAAACAAAAAGGGAAGAUACAGUAUGAACUAAUUAGGUCCUGCUGCACUAUAUUGAACCGGUGAGCGAGAUAGAGCGAAAAGCUGAAAGUUUAGUGCGAGAGUAGUUAGCGGUUAAUAGUUGACGAGUCACAACGGGCUUGUGGAGACAACGGGAAUUUAAUUAAAUAAUUAAAAUUAAUCAUAUUUUUUACCAUUGUAUACAGCGAACUACUUCGCUUACGUGUUUAUUCCCGUUGUUCCCACAGGUGGGAAUUUAAAUUACAUUUAUUUAUUUUUUAUUCCCGUUGUCCCCACCAAGAGUGGCAACAAUGGUAAAAAAUAUGAUUAAUUUUAAUUAUUUAAUUAAAUUCCCGUUGCACACUAGUGCAGGCGCACCUAAUUUAUGCGGCCCACUUGCAAGACGCUAAUGCAGUAUCUUCCCUUUUUGUUUUAAUCUAAGCCCACGGCUAAUGUUCGGGUCUAGUCAUUGAAACCUGCAUGAAUGUCAGCCGAUUUGUACUUAAUCGGAUGCGCCUCACUAUUGGUUCGAACAAAGAAACUCAAUUGCGUUAUGAUUUGUGAAAUUAUAUAAGACUGACAUUAACUAAGGCAUUCUUUUAACUGUCCUCUCAUCGUUACACGUUACAUAGUGUGAAUAGAACUUGAACUAAAGUAUUUGAAAAUGAGAACAAUGUAAACAUCAUAAUAAUAUAUACUUGCCAU